AUGUCUUGCUAUUGCGGGGCAACAGCCGCAGCAGCAGCAGCAGCAGCAGCAGCAGUAGCCGUCGCAGCAGCAGCGGCCGGCCCACUGGGUUUACGGAGGGAGGCUACAGGCGGGGUCACUUCCAGCGAGAGCGGCAGCUCGCUGAGGGGGUUACAGCAGCAGCUGCUGUUGUUGCUGCUGUUGCUGCUGUUUGCUGCUGCUGCUCCUCCUCCUAUCACCGACAGCACCAGUAGCGUCGACAAGAUGAGCAGCAGCAGCAGCAGCAGCAAGAACAAUACCAGCAGCACCAACGACACCAGCAGCAACAACAACAACCCCAGCAGCAGCAGCAACAACAACCACAACAGCAGUCGCAACAUCCACAGCAGCAGUAGCAACUACAGCAACAUCCGCAGCAACAUCAGCAACAUUCACAACAGCAGCAGGAACAACCCCAUGAGUAGCAGCAGCAGCAGCAGCAGGAUGAGGGGUUUACGCAGCAACAAGCGAUGCAGCAAGACAGAAGCAGCACAAAUGUUUGCUGCUCUUAGUGUAGAAGCAGCAGCACAAAUAGUAAAAAUAACACAAAUGCUGCAAGAGGCGCAGCAAAAGGCAGAGAAAGCUAAUUGCUUAUGGGGGCAUGUUAAAGACCUCAGAUACGAGCUAAAAGGAAUAGAAGGAGAGAGUUAUCUACUGAGGAAUAAAAAGGCUGUUGAGACAGACAGACUUAAAGCUCUUAGACUACAACUCGCCGCAGAACAGCAACAAAGGCAAGAAGCAGAAACGCAAAUCCUCUUCAUGAGGCGUCAGACAGAAACCAUGAAGAGGGAGCAGCAGCAGAUGAGCCAAGAGAUCUGUAGCCUUGCGCUGCGUAUUAGACAAGCGAGAGGAGAAACAGCCAAGAAACAUGAUACCUGGCAGCGGAUGAACAAGAAGGAGAAACGAGCCCACAUACAGAGCAAGAGGAGUAUAUCGGAAUUCCACGCGCGUUUCAAAGAGGCGCAACGAUUGGAAGCCCUCAAGCCAGACUCGGCCAGCCGCAGCUCCAGCUCUGAGACCUUAAAUGAGAAGGAGGAGGAAGGAGAAGAAGAAGAGCUGCUGCUGCUGCCUGCUAGCAGCUCACCAGUGACUUAG